AUGAAUACAGACAUCGCCUGUGCAAUCCUAGAUAAUAUUUCUACGAUGCCACCUUGGUUAAUUAUUCUACCUAGAUAUUCAGAGUUGAUCCAUUUGGUCAAGUAUAAAUAUAAUCGUUUACCAGCUUGGAUAUUAAUCCAACGAAAUCAGUCUGAGAUUAUUUCGUCCGAGAGGACACACGUAAUUCCAAGGACUCGAGAAGAACAGACUGCAGUCAUAAGUCAUAACUCCUAUGCCGUCGAAUACUCGAGAUUUGGCAAUUGGCAACACGUUGCGACGAGGACUUGGUGA